UGUUCAUAUUUUUUUUCAAUUAGCAUCUAAGUUAAACAUAAUAAUAAUGUUAUUUACAAUCACUAAAAGAAAAGUUAAAUAUCUAGUAAUUAAUUGCAUUUUAGUUUUCUGCAUUUAUCAAUUACUAUUACAUAUCUUUAUUGCUUUUUUUCAAAAUAAUCUUAACGAAACAAAACCAAUAGUGGAAGAAACUGCAGGUAAUAAAGUACCUACCGAUUCGCCAGGUGAAUAUGUGUUUUUCAAUGAAGAGGAGACAUACGGGACCCAGGAAAAUUUGGCAGAAAACGUUAAAUUUAUUUUAUUAGUAACAUCGGCUACUUCGCACAAAUAUCCUUUCUCUCUAUUCGGUGAAGAUAACUCGGUAUUUGUUGAAAAUGAUUGCAAUUUUACAAAUUGUUACAUAAGCUACAACAAGUCACAUCUCAGCGAAGAAAGUUUUGAUAUGAUCGCUUUUAAUCUACCAGAACUAGACGAAAUUGAUAUACCAGAAAAGCGUUCACCGCAUCAAAAAUACGCAUUCUUUUCUAUGGAGUCCUCUCAGUAUAACCCCGUAUGUAUUGACAUGUAUGACGACUUUUUCAACUGGACUUUUACUUAUAAACUUAAUUCUGAUUUCCGACUUUGGUUCUUUGAUAUAUACAACAUAAAUGAAACAAAGAUUGGUCCGCCUGUUAAUAUAUGGCCAACAUUUGAUCCCAUAGAUGAUGAUAUAAAAAUGAUGUUAGAUGGGAAGACCAAAAUAGCGGCAUGGUUUGUAUCAAAUUGUAAUACAAGAAGUGGUAGAGAGAAAAUUGCUCAGCAACUUGAUAAGGAGUUAAAAAAUAGGUACGGUUGGUCGAUCGAUAUCUACGGGCAUUGCGGUAAAUUUGCAUGUCCAAGAAGAUAUGCUGAAAUUUGUAAUAAAAAGAUAGAAGAACAGUAUUUCUUCUACCUGGCAUUUGAGAAUUCUUUUGCGGAUGAUUAUGUGACAGAGAAAGUAUUGUUAGCGGUUAAUAACUACGCAGUUCCAAUUGUAUUUGGUGGAGCUAAUUAUUCAAGAUUCCUCCCUCCUGACAGUUAUCUUAAUAUCAGAGAACUUGGUGUAUCAGAAGUGGCCCGACUUAUGCACAAAGCAUACAUACAUCGUGAGUUUUACUAUGAUUAUUUUAAAUGGACCAACUAUCUGUAUUACCGCCACAUUUCCAGAAGAAGUCAGGUGUGUAAAAUAUGUUCUCUACUAAAUGAUAAAGUCGCAAUGCGCACAACAACAAUGUAUCCAGAUUUCAGGAAUUGGUGGAAUAAUGAAGGUUGGGACAACGAGUGUCCAUUUACUCAAGAAUUUUUCAACUAGCAAAUAUAAUUUUAUGUAGUGGUCCCACAAAAAUAUCAAUGUAUAUUUAAG